AUGGGAAAUUCUGCUAGUACAGAGAUUCCCGGUGGUGGCACUGAAGGCUAUCACGUUUUGAGGGUACAAGAUAAUUCUCCUGGGCAAGCUGCUGGAUUAGAACCGUUUUUCGAUUUUAUUGUUUGCAUUGGGAAUACGCGAUUGGAUUCCGACAAUGAUACACUGAAAGAGAUCCUCAAACAACAUGUUGAACGACCAUUGCAGUUGACAGUAUAUAAUAGUAAAAAUCAAACAGUCCGGCAAACACAAAUCAUACCUUCACAAAUGUGGGGUGGUCAAGGAUUGCUUGGGAUCUCGAUUCGUUUUUGCUCAUUUGAAGGAGCUCGCGAAAAUGUUUGGCAUGUUGUGCAAGUUCAGCCAAAUUCGCCGGCAGAAAUUGCUGGCUUGCAAGCUAACAAUGAUUAUAUACUUGGUGCAGAAUCAGUACUGAAUCAGGCAGAAGAUCUUAUUGUACACUUACAAGCUAAUGAAGGCAAAUCAAUCAAAUUGUACGUUUAUAAUACUGAAAGUGACUCUGUACGAGAAGUUUCCCUCACACCAAACUCAGCUUGGGGAGGUCAGGGUUGCUUGGGAUGUGAUAUUGGUUACGGUUAUUUACAUCGCAUACCAGGUGAUCCAAAAGGUCCAUUGAGAGGUGAGCAAGUUGCAGCCAUACUAAAAGAUCGGCUGGAUGUCCCAGGCUCAUCGGAUAGUGGAAUUAUGAUGAAUAAUGGGAAUGUGCUUCCUUCGACGUUUUCUGCAUCUUGCGACAAUACUUUUGUUCCACAACCAGGUAACACUGGUAUACCGCAAAUUGAUUCCAUACAAGUCGCUCCGAAAUUUCCUGACCCAAGUUCUUUUGCUCCACCAUCCUUAAAACGCGAGCCACCAGCCAAUGGAUUAAGUAUUGAUGCACAAAACUCAGCUGGGUUCCCUACAACUGAAAUACCGACAUCAGUGGGGAAACCCGAACCGUGCUUCCCUGUUUAUAAUAGUGAUCUAAAUUAUGCAAAUAUCAACCAAGCAGUUGAGCAGCAACGCAAUUUUAAGGACGAUGUUAUUGGAACUCAGUACGGUGGAAUAUCAACAGUUGUGCCUCAACAGCCAUAUUAUUCAUCGCAAGAACAAUAUAUUAGCGGUGCUCAAUAUCAGUCAGAUCUACCUAUUUACGACCCUUCUCCUGCAGUUCCUCAAUCAACGGUAGUGGGCAUAGUUCCUCCAAUGUUUUCCAGUGUGGUGCAGCAGCCGCAUGGGACGUACGGAAUGCCUUCUAUGCAAGCACCAAAUAAUUCUCAAUUCACUGGUAUAAAUUUUCCCAUGCCACCUUUAAAUUCAGUGGGUAUUUCGCAAUUGGCACCUCCACCAACUACAGUAUCAUUUAACAUACCGAUGCAUCCAGUACCAAAUAGCAAUGAAAUGCAGACACCAUUCCAGCAAAAUCAGCAACCAAAUAUUGGCAGUUACUCGCAGGAUAAUCAGACAUUUAAGGAUGGUUUUGCUAUGGAUCCAGCUAAUCAGUUUAAUAUACUGCCACAAGGUAUGCUGGAAAUUUUAUUUUAUUUGGAAAUUGACAAAAUGAUGUAG